AUGGGAAAAGUUGGACCAGCAAGAAAACAGAAAGUCGGAAAGGCCCGUCUGGAUAAAUACUACUUCCUGGCAAAGGAACACGGGUACAGAGCCCGUUCUGCCUUUAAGCUAAUACAGCUAAACCAGUCAUUCAAUCUUCUCUCAAACAUACACACAGCUGUUGAUUUAUGUGCAGCUCCGGGUGGAUGGCUGCAGGUCCUCUCAAAGACUGUGCGCCCACCCAGCAAGAUUGUUGGAGUGGAUCUUGACCCAAUCAAGGCAAUCCACGGGGUACACACCAUCCAGGGAGACAUAACAGACAAGCACUGCGUGUCAGAUAUAAUGUCAGCAGUUGGAGAGACUGAGAUAGAUCUUGUGCUGCACGAUGGAGCACCAAAUGUAGGAGCAUCCUGGGAGAGAGACUCGUACGUCCAGAAUGAGCUGGUCUGUCAUGCAGCCAAGCUGGCCUGCAAGAUACUCCGCAAGAACGGCACAUUUGUGACAAAAGUGUUCAGAUCAAAGGACUUCAACUCGCUUGUGUGGAUGUGCAGUCAGUUAUUCACUGAGUGCAUUACAACAAAGCCACGUAGCAGUAGAGAUGAAAGUGCAGAGGCAUUCCUUGUAUGCAGAGGAUACAAGAAGCCAGAGUCCCUUGACGAGAGAUUCUUUGACCCUCUGUUUUUAUUCGCAGAGAAGGAUGAAGUGGUUGCUGCAGAGAACAAUCUCUCUUCUAUACUUGGAGACAGAAUAGACCUGACACACUGCACAAAGGUAAACAUCGACUGCAUGAAGGACAUGAUUGACGAGGAGACUGCUAUUCUUCUGUCAGAUCUGCAGGUGGUGGGAGAGGCUGACCGAAGAAGGCUUGUCCGUACGCUGAAGAAAAUACAGAAGGCAUACAUUGGCGUGCACGGAAAGAACUCACCAGAAGAGGUGCAGGAUCUGCGAACACCUGCAGAAAGACAGGAGGCAGAGCUGCAGAGCGUGCGCAGAGCCAUGGACAGAAGAGAGAAGAUCCUCCAGAGAAAGAUACUUGCAAAGAGAACAAAGAGUCUGGGCCUCACAGAGCAGGAUAUUGAGGAAAUUGAGAAAGUUCAUGGAGACUUCUUUGAGGACAAUAUAUUCGAUAGAGAUGAGGACUCGGAGGAAGAGGAAGAAGAGCCAGAGAUAGAGUCUGACGUAAAGCUAGAGGAUGCUGAAGAAGAUCAGACUGACAGCGAGGCAGACUCUUGCUCGUCCUCUCUUGAGAUAGAAGACAAAGUCUGCGGGUACAGACUCCGUAAAGACGAAGAUGAAUUUGAUGGAAUUGACAGAUACGUCUACGAUGACGAUGAAAACCUCCCACACUUCUUCAAAAAUGACGAAGCAAAGUACAACAAGAGAUACGUAUUCGACGAGAAGAGGGAUGACCUGGAGCGUAAGGUAACUGUCUCCAAGAAGCUUGAGGAGAUGAAGGCCCGUCGUAUGCGAAGAGUUGAGAGAAAGCUUAAGAAGAUCAAGGAAAGAUUGGAGGAAGGCUGCGAGGAUGUCGACCUCAGGUCUAUCAGAAAGAGCGCCAUGAAGAAGGAGAAAAGAGAGAAGCCCAAGAUUGUGUUUGCAGGCCCAAGCAAGACCGUUGCAAAGGGAAUUAAAGGCAGAUUCAAAAUGACCGACAGGCGUAUGAAAAAGGACAAAGCAGGUCUCAAGCGAGCAGAAGAAAGAAAGAAGGGAAAGGGUGGAAGAAAGUAG